AGGGGGUAAAAAUAUCGCAGGUUCUGGCAGCACUGUGCAAGGUUGAUCAUUGAAAACAAAAAUACAAACAUGGCUGCCCAGCUGUAGUUUCCGGAAGUAUCGUAGUUGCAAUGCUGUAUGCAGAUUAGUUGAGUGUUUAUUUACAUCGCACUUGCAGUGAACGGUUGGUUGAAAUUUGAACGAGUUCAUUAUUUAAAGUAAAAUAUAAAAUGGCUCAAGCUAAACUAGAAACUAUAGAUUUAACAGACACUGAUAAACAUGAAAAGCAAGGUAACUCAUUAGAAUGCGCAGUGUGCCUUCAAACAUGUGUUCACCCAGCACGAUUACCAUGCAGUCAUGUAUUUUGUUACUUAUGCGUCAAAGGAGUCGCUAAUCAGAGCAAAAGAUGUCCCAUGUGCAGACAAGAAAUUCCACCAGAUUUUGUAGAAAAACCAAAUCUGAUCGAUGUAGAAGAAACUAAACAACCUGCUGCUGUUGUUGAUGAAGAGUAUCAGUGGUUUUACGAAGGACGAAAUGGUUGGUGGCAAUAUGAUCAGCGAACAAGUCAGGAACUUGAAACAGCUUACAAACAAGGAAAACGAACAUACGAAUUGUUGAUUGCGGGUUUUCUUUAUAUCGCAGACUUUGGAUCAAUGUUACAAUUACGUCGUAACGAUCCAUCACGUCAGCGUCGUAUCAAACGUGAUUUAUCAAAUGCACCUAAAAAAGGUAUUGCUGGUUUACGUCUUAAUCAGCAACAAGAUGAAGAACCAGUCUUUCGUGAAAUACGUGGAGCUGAAAGACCCGCUAGUCCCGCUAGUGAUACUACUGGAACAGGAGAUGGAUCAAGUACACCAGUACCCCCAAGUAACACUCCGCAGACCCCAGCAGGACAUUCCAGUGGAGAUGCUACACCUCUAACUGACAGGACGGAUCAACGAGCAGACUCUUUACAUCAGAUCAUAAUAAUUCAUCCUCCAUCCUGUGGCUCCAAUCCAACGCGUCGUACUCGUCCGAUGAAGAUAAUCAUUAAAUAUACGAACCAGUUUCAUCCAUUUUCCAGGCCGCCGAGGGGAUAGGGCUUCUUCAGUUACUUCCAUUAUCACUUCACAUCAUUUGAUUAUUUAAAGUAAAUAUCGAUUUCAUGGGCAGUUACUUUAAAGAAUUAUCCAUUCAAUUGCUCAAUAAAGGCUACAAGACUACAUUUGAGGAUCUAAAUUAUUAGCAUGGAUGAAAAAAAAGAAAGUAUUUUUUUUUAUAGGUUCCAAUAUCAAUAAAUCUGAUGAUGUGAACUUA